AUGAAGGAUUUAAAUGAGGUUGAUCUGGCCAAAUUACCAUCAUCGAUACGGGCAAAGAUUGUCCAAUUGGAUUUGGAGUUAUCGGAGGGUAAGGUAAUUGUCUUAGUAUUACUUUAAUUAUUAGGUGAUAUAACCGAGAAAGGGUAUUGGAAGAAGAGGAAUGAUCUGAUCAUUAAAUACACAGAUAAUAAAAGUAAUGGAAGAAGACGGCAAAAGAGGUUCACUAGGACUGAGAACAGAUAUCACUCAGGUAGAUUCUUUUCCACGUCUUUGAUUGUAACAUUUUUUUGUCGAUUAAUUGAUUGUGCAUUAUUAAACCUACUUUAGAAGUCCGUCAAGAAGCUGUUCAAAAGGCUCUGGCCGAAUGGUCCAAGGAGCUGAAAGAUCAGCCAAUGCCAAAACCGAUGAGAAGAAGAUUUAGUGGAAAGAAAAACGUCGUCAAACCCAAAACCACCUCAGGUAACCUUCAAUUUAUAUUACCCGUGACAUUAGGGCGAAGUAAGUGGAGGAAAUUGAGGUUUACAACGAUUUCCCGAGAUUUUAAAUGGCUGAAAACGAGUUUCGGGGGUAAUUUGAGAGUGUAGUUUGGAUAGGAACGUCGAAAAACAAUGGGAAUGAAUCAUUCUCGAUCGUUUGUUGAUUCCGAAAGUUUAAUCUCUGUCUGAAACUGUAAUCAAAGUGUCAAAAGUAUGAUGACCACUCUGAUUUGGAUAUAAUUUAUGUUCGAAUGAUACGAUUUUGUUAUUUUUUGAACCUUUUUUUUGUUUUGCUUUUAUAGGCUUACUUUACUUUUUCGGGUAUUAUUUUAUCCAAAUCCCAACCUUCCGACCCAAAACCGAAAGGGAAUUUCUGUGAAUCACUCUCCAAAAGGUACUUUUUAGUUAUUAUUUCCUUCAAAAAGCCCGCCUUUACUCAAAAACAAGCCCAGGAACAAGGAACAUGGGUAAAACGGGGACUGUUUGGACAUGAAUGUCAUAAUUGAUCUGGUCACUUGUACUCGGAUUCCAAAAACAUUUGCUCUCAGAGAUGGGAUAAACGGGGCCGAGAUUGAUGGCCAAAAAAUAGCGGCGGUCAUUAAUUUUAAUCAGUCCGAAGAGUCCGGAGCGGCGCUUUGCUAACAAUCGGCCAGAAUUGCCCGUAUUCACAUAGGAUUACGCAACGAAUUCAAGGAGUUGACAGGUUUUGGACCUGCUUGUGAUUCCACCUUACAAUUUUUUUUUACAAAUUUUUCGAAUUUUUUAAGAAUGAUUUUUGGGAAAGCUGGGUUUUUUGUCGUCAAAAUUUGCAUUUUUUUGCCAUAAAGCUGUCAAAACACGGAAUCCCCGACCCAGGCACCUUACACAUGUUCUGUGUUUGUCUCUUUAGUAUAUUCAAAAAGCGCUGAGGCAAUGCGCGCUUUCUGAUUUUCCCUUUUUGUGAUUGAAAUCCGAGAGUGAGAAAGGUCGAAGGAAUGGAUCAGAUGGAGAUGGACUGGCCUCCCUCUUUACUCAGACCGAUUGGGUUUCGUUUUAACACGGGGGGAGGCGGGAGAGGAGCCGGCACUUUUAAAAGCCCUCCAGUCCAAGCCUUGACUGAUUGAGGCUUUGGUAGAAACAUAAUUACAAACUGGUAUGGCUUGUUUUAAAUUAAGUGUAUUUGUCAUCAUCCGACGAGUUCAUAUUGCAUUUUCGAGAGUUUAAUGACUGUCUGAGCCGUUUUCUUCAGAUGUUUUUGAAUGAGAUCCAGACGAAACCCCUUUCCACCACUUAUUUCUCCUACUGUAAGAAGUUCUCGAUGAUUAUUCAGGCCCUCACCCUCAUUUAUAUUCUCCGCUUUUGCAGAUAGCAGUAGCUCCGACGACGACGACGAUGACGAUUCCACCACCAUCGAGAGUUCCAUGGACAGCAAGAAGGAAAUGGGCAUUCAAGUCAAGGAUAAUGACCUCAGGCCCGGGGACAAAACGACGGAAAAUAAGCCGACCGAGGUCAGACAAGAGCCGGUAAGGGACCUUUUGGAGCUGGGUUUGGGUUGAGAAGGGAAGGGAGGUCAGAUGGAGAUCAUCAAAGUAAUGGGGAUCGUUACUGGCCGUGCGAUAUCCGCUUUAUUCUAACUGAUAAGAACAUGGGUUCAAACAUUUAUUGUUUAAAUUUUUAUUUUUUUUCUGAGAUUUAUACGUAAGAAUUCAAUAUUUUCUCAGCGUAUGAUUGAUUAUAAAAUCUGCCUGUAGAUGCUGAAAUGGCGCCGGAAAUGCUUGCUUGACAAGUCGAUCUCUGCGUGCCUCUUCCUGCUUUCCUUUUGGGUCUGUUUUUUAUGUCGUAUUUUAGCCGAGAAGUCCCUCCAUCGAAGAUCCAGAGCCCCUCAUUCAGAUCCCUUCACCCGAACCUCCCCCUCGCCAGGAAUCAAUCCAGAAAAGUGAAGCCGAGCAGAAGCCCGUUGCCCCUCCACGGUGUUCUUCUGUGCUGGUAGAAGAGGCCAGAAAAGAAAAUAAUUCCAUCUACAUCAACACUCUUCAACCCGGGAACGAUCAGAAGAACGGACAAGAAGAUUAUGCGAAUACGGUAAUCCGUAAGUUUUUCUGCCGUAAUUAUUAAGUUUCGGGAUCUCAAAACGGUUUUAAAGUGUCAAUUUAUGUCCCGAAACCUCAUUAAUGAUAUCAGCACGUCAGUUAUGAUUUCUUUUGCAGAGCCGAAGGCGAUCAAAGUCUCGGAGAAGAUCCAACAGCUGCUGCUUACACUUCAGGUCGGUGGUUGGGGGGAAGUGGAACGGUUUGUGAGGGACCUUAGGUGCUAA